AUGGCGCUGAGGAUCGAUAGAGCAGCUCAACCACAUCCGCUUCAGGUUCUCCGAGAAAUCAUGGUCAAAAAGGGUUCCUAUGUAAGGAAACCGGAGGACGAAGAUGUUAAGCUCUUCAUCUGGGGUGAUCGACAUCAGGUGGCAGACACGAAGGUUGCGCUGGCGCAGUGGGAACGUGACGUCCAAGAGUCACUCUCGCAGCCGAAAUCAGCUGCUUGGGCUAAAUACAAAGCAUUAGAUGGCCGAGCUGAACAUCGAGCUGAUCGGCAGAGCCGAGAGAAGGCGUUCGAGCAGGCGUUGCGUAACGCGCAAAUUGAUUAUCCAGUCGAAGCUGCUCUUCUGUGGCCCAAAGACCUGGACAUCGAGGAAUUUGAAACGGCCAACUCCGAAGCUCUUGAUCAAAUUGGAGGCAGCUUCCGCUGUCGUAUCACCUUUUUAGCAUCCAAUACUCAGCAUGUUUUGAUAGGCGCCCAGUCUGAAAAAGACGCUCUCUCCGUCAUGUCAAGAUUGUCGAAUCUGAUCAAAGAAACAAUCUCUCGCAGAGAUCAGCUCCUCGCAGUCAACUUGGUGCAUCUCCCGGCCGACGAGACAUUCGGAGACCAAGUUGGACUUCUAAACAAAGAUCCGCAAAGCGGUACUUUCUUGCCCACCUUGCACGGGAAGCCAGUCGCAGACAGGGAACAAUGGGACCAAGAGAGACGUCAAGUACACAUCAGCAAUCGCAAGAAGAUCAAGAAGGCAAUUGAUUCUUCAAUCAAGGGGCUCAGAAUCUCACAGCAUCACGUGCGCAUGAGAGUGGUCUUUGGUGAGUUAGGUUUCAUGCUCUUUCAGAGGCCAGCAGAAGGGGCCGAGACAUAUACGUUUGGUGACUUCUACAACAUGGUCACGAAAGGACGAACUACAUUGGCUUUGAAUGGCCUUGCUAUUCGGAAAGGUGACGUUACCGACCUACCAGACGUGUUGAAUUCGAUGGGAGUCUUCUCGGAAUGCACAGAAUACUACGGAGCCUUCUUCGACUUCCCAGGGACAUCCCAAAACAAUAUCCUUCGGCUCGAGACCGUCUUCUACCCAAGCGGCGAAAACGACACGGAGAGUCGCGAAAAGCGAUGGAUUGAGGUGGGCGACAAGGUUUCAAGACUUCAAGUCAGUCUCCUCAAUUUUGAGAGACCAGACUAUCAAGUCACCCUAGAUGCUUUUCCUCUCCACGCGGACAAAGCCACUAAAGUACACAUGUCAGCGUUCCAAGCCAAUAUCACAAUGGAACGUCCGCCAAACGGAAUCAAGACUCUUCCGCGACGACGAGUCAAGUACCCGCGCGGCCAACGUGGGCUGCAGCGUGUUGCAGAGCUAAUCACCCUGAGUUGGAGGUUCAAAAACACCGACGGUGUCUUCGAGCUUCGCCGCAAAGAUACCUACGAUGAACUACCAGGUCGAGAAAGUCCUGCUCCAGCAGAGAUCAAAUGGCAUGCAUUGUACUAUUAUCCUCACUGGGAUAGUUUAAUGGGAGAGUAUGCAAGCGUCAAGCCUGGAGAGGAUAUCCACUGGGUCAAGUCUGUGACGACGUUCAUCCCUGAAGGUGGAGAGCAGUACGGGCCAGCUUUACCGAAGGGCUUCAAGAACUUCAUCAGCGAAGUGGAGGAGAUCCAGGAUAUUUUAGCGGAAGCUAUUCGCCGUGUUGUGAAGGGAAAAGGAAAGGCAACGGAGGUUGAUGGUUGA